GAAGAGGAUGAUCCUAAACAGAGUUCUGAUUCUGGGGACCCUCAUCCUGACUAUUAUGAUGAGCCCCUCUGGAGGUGAAGACAUUGUGGCUGACCAUGUUGCCUACUACGGCAUAAAUGUCUACCAGUCUUACGGUCCCUCUGGCCAGUACACCCAUGAAUUUGAUGGCGAUGAGGAGUUCUACGUGGACCUGGAGAAGAAGGAAACUGUCUGGCGGCUGCCUGUGUUUAGCACAUUUACAAGUUUUGACCCACAGGGUGCACUGAGAAACUUGGCUAUAACAAAACAAAACUUGAACAUCAUGACUAAAAGGUCCAACAAAACUGCUGCUACCAAUGAGGUUCCUGAGGUGACUGUGUUUUCCAAGUCUCCUGUGAUGCUGGGUCAGCCCAACACCCUCAUCUGUCUCGUGGACAACAUCUUUCCUCCUGUGAUCAAUGUCACGUGGUUGAAGAAUAGGCACUCCGUCACAGAAGGGGUUUCUGAAACCAGCUUCUUCGCCAAAGGGGAUCAUUCCUUCUCAAAGAUCAGUUACCUCACCUUCCUACCUUCUGCUGAGGAUAUUUAUGACUGCAAAGUGGAGCACUGGGGCCUGGAUGAGCCACUUCUGAAACACUGGGAACCUGAGGUUCCAACCCCUAUGUCAGAGCUGUCAGAGACUGUGGUCUGUGCCCUGGGGUUGGCUGUGGGCCUUGUGGGCAUCGUGAUGGGCACCGUCUUCAUUAUCCAAGGCCUGCGCUCAGGUGGUACUUCCAGACAUCAAGGACCUUUGUGAGCUGCACCCUAGAAAGGAAGGUGCACUGCAUGCCCACCUCCCAGAGCAGAAGAGUGGACCUGAUAGGCCACCUAGCACUAUUUCCUUGCCCAGUUCAUCAUACUCCUACUCUCUACCAAUGCUUCUCUGUCACCUCUUCUCUGGGACUCAAGAACUAUAUCCUCUGAGUGCUAACCCUUUAAAUUCUACCCCUUCCUUGACUGCCUGUUUUUGUUUGUUUGUUUUCUUUUCUUUUCUCAAUUGUCAACUACAAUGAGAUCUCUGGGAUAUCCCAACCAGUUACCUGAUCCCUCAUUACUCUGAUCUAGCAUUCCCAUGGAAAUAAUAAUUUUCUCUUUAAGAGAUCCUUUAGAUCAAUUUUUCCUGUCUUUCAUCUCAGGGCUGAUUAGGACUUUGGUCCCCCCUUUUAUUAUACCUUCCUAAUCUCACUUUCCAUAUUAUGUUUCAUGCCCAGCAACACCAGAAAAUGCAGGUAUAGGCUGAUAAUAUUUUGAUAUCUUAGGUAAGGAUAAUGGUUCUCUCUUCCUGUUAUUCUCAUGUUUGGGUACUGCCACACUCCCCCAAUUCAGACACCAAGAAAAGUAAUAUAAGCCCUCUGACCUUGGUGUAAAUUUGGUAUAGAAGAAAUACAAAGCCAAGAAAUAAGUUCAUACUUCUUUUAACAUAAUUUUAGAAAGCUAUGACAGAGAAAUAAGUUAAGAUAAAGAAAUUUUGAAUUUCAAAAGUACCAAAAGACAAACUGUUUUCCAAAACUUUAAAAUUUCAAUUUGUGAAGAAUGAAUGAUGAUAGGAGAAGCUUUCCUCUCCCAUCCUCACCCAUGAGAAGAUAAGAAUUCUUUAGGCAGGAAAAUAAAUGGAAGUCGGGUAAGAGAGCAUUAGAAUAAGACCAUAAAGUAAGUAACUGAGGACAGGUACU